UUAAUUUUUAGAGCAGUCAUGUAGGUUUAAAUGGCAUCGAAACUUGAUUGGAAAUCUUAAUUGAUCAGAUUUUACACAAACCAGGCUAAAGUCUGUGAGAAAUUUAUUGUGAGUUUAAACUCAAAAUAUCAAAUUUUCUAUUAAGUUUCUUCAUCUGUUCUCUGUUAAAACUUAGAAUCAUUAUAUUCUAGCUAGAUAAAGUCUUUCUUGAUUCAUCUGGAAGACUCAAACUCAAGUAAUAGGUCUGGACCAACUUGAGUCACGAUCAUCAAGGACUCUGUUGUUGACUAACACCGAAGGAGCGUGCUAAACUUCCUUGAGGCCACAGGUAUUCUUGGAGGCCUCUUCGAAAUUUUUGAAUUAGGUUUCGGUAUGAUCCUGGGUCUCUACUCAUCAGUGCUGUUCAAAAGGAAAAUUUUCAAAGACAUUCAAAAGUACCAGGACAAGUUUGACAAAAUGGAAAAGGUGGAGAAUGAUGGAGAAGGAGACGAACUCAGCCACAAGGAGAACCAAGAAGAGCAAGACGAAGAGUCUAAGCAUGAAAUGGUCAGCUUAAGCUACUGGAAGGAGGAUCUAUUGACAAUUUUGGAGGAGAAAGUAGACUUGAUCAUUGUUCUUAAAAAUACUACAAAAAGACUAUGAAAUGAAUAAGGUGAAUCACAAUCUAUAUCGUAGCGACAUUGGCUACUUUCUCAAUGUGUUAUAUGAGGACAACAGCUUAUUUUCCAUCUAAAGACCCUUAAUAAUCAGAGUCUUCAAAGAAAAGCUCAGAUUUAUCAGUCGUGUUUGAAUGAAAAGAUGGCGUUACUACCCUCAAAGUAACUUGUUACACCUGUUCUUAACUAUACCUGCUCAAACUCUAUCUAAAUAACUCCGAAACUUUAAGAGGACAGAAUAACUCUGGAAGGAUCAUAAACUCUCCUUCAGGACCUAGCCUAAGAGUUCUCCUUAAUAGGAUUUCUCAA